AUGAAGGAUUAUGAGGAAGCCAUCACAUUUUUAGGAGAAUGGGGUCAUUUUCAGAGACUGAUUUUCAUUGUCUUAAGUCUGAGUUAUAUUCCCAAUGGAUACAUGUCUCUUUCCAUGGUCUUUGUGGGAGACACUACUCAUCAUCACUGUAGGGUUCUAUCCAUGAACAGCAGCUAUGGAGGACUGGGCUACAAUCUGUCCAUCCCAACUGAGGAGCUGAAAGGGAAGACCAUCCCGAGUCGCUGCAGACGCUAUGUUGAACAGGAAGACUCUGACUCUGCCUACAGCAAUGACACAGAGGGCUGUGUGGAUGGAUGGGUGUUUAGUAAGGAGAGAUAUGUGUCCACUAUUGUCACUGAGUGGAAUCUGGUGUGUGAUGAUGCAUGGAAGGCUCCCUUCACAUUAACUGUGUUCUUCUUUGGAAUGCUGGUUGGUUCUUUUUGUUCAGGCAUUUUUUCAGACAGGUAUGGCAGGAAGAUCACUUUCUUCUCUGCAAAGACCCUGCAGACUCUCCUCAGCUUACUCCUGGCUUUCUCUAUCAGCUGGGAAAUGUUCUGUGUGGUUUACUUUGUUUUUGGAGUCAUGUGUGCCUCUGCGUCCAGUUGCUUUGUACUCGGCUCAGAGCUCCUCAUUAAAUCAGCACGUGAGACUUUUGGGAUUCUGGGUAUCUGUCUGACCUACGCCACUGGCUAUGCCAUCCUGCCACUCUUUGCGUACUUCAUUCGGGAUUGGAGGACACUGCAGAUAGGACUGUCACUGAUUGGCUUUUUAUAUCUCCCCUUGUUUUGGUUCAUCCCAGAGUCUCCCCGCUGGCUCAUCACUCAGGGCCGGUUGCAGGAGGCCGAGGCCAUCAUUCGAGCUGCUGCCAAGAGGAACGGCAUCACUCCCCCAGAGAACAUCUUCCAGCUGGAACACAGGGAAACUGUGUGUGAAUCCAGUGGUCAGGAUAAGUUCACUUGGCUGGACCUCAUAAAAACUGUAAAUAUGCGAAACAUCACAGUCAUAAACAUCACCAUCUGGACAACCAUAUCCCUGACAUACAAUGGCCUCUCCUUCAACACCUCCAAUCUGGAUGGGGAUCCUUAUCGCAACUGCCUCAUUUCUGCUGCCACAGAAUACAUUGGUUACACUUUUAUAUGGCUCACCGCACGUUAUGCUCCUCGACGCAUCAUUCUAUCAUCUUUUCUUCUUCUUGGAGGUGCUUUGCUGCUGCUUAUACAGCUUGUGCCUCAAGAGCUCAGUGGGUUGACUGUCACCUUGGCAAUGACAGGAAGAUUGGUUGUGACCGGGGCCUACGCAUUCGUCAAUAUCUGUUCCAUGGAAUUCUUCCCCACCGUUGUGCGCAAUAUGGGAUUUGGCGUUUGCUACAUGGCUGCCAGGGUCGGCAGUGCUUCCUCGCCGUACAUUGCCCAUAUUGGCACAUAUAACAAGACGCUACCUUUUAUUCUGAUGGGGACAAUGUCUUUAUUCUCUGGCUGUCUGAGCCUGUUGUUACCAGAGACAAAAGGUGAAAAGCUCCCAGAAGUCAUUAGCCAAGUCAAACCUCUUCAGUGGUGUAGCCACAAGAAGAGGUUUAGUGAAACAAAUGGUCUGGAUGAAGAUGUGCAGCAGCAUUUGAGGGAUGAAAAAACAUCCACAAUAUGAUGAGGCUGUCUGCUGCCAAAUUUGGAGACUUUUUUUUACACAUUCAGCACCAACUGUUUGGUAUCCGUAGACCUGGCAUACAUUUCAAUGGUCCUUACAC